UUCCUCCUCUGAUCUGAUUGGUACAACUGCCUGACAUUCAGCCAGUCCUCUCAAACCCGGAAGCGGAAGUCAAUUUGCAGGCUGGGGAUGCUGGGAGAGGAGAAGAUGCAAUCCACUCUCACAGCAGCCGAUCUGGAGACGCACCUCAUAAACCAGGCUCCUCGAGCAGCAUAUUACAUCCCUGACUACAUAACUGAAGCUGAAGAGGAAUAUUUGCUUCGUCAGGUCUACAAUGCUCCAAAGCCAAAAUGGACACAGUUGUCGGGGAGGAAAUUGCAGAACUGGGGAGGUCUCCCACAUCCCAGAGGCAUGGUGUCGGAGAAGUUGCCCCCCUGGUUGCAGACAUACACCAACAAAAUCUCUUCACUGGGUGUGUUUGAAGGGAACUGUGCCAAUCACGUCUUGGUAAACGAAUACAAGCCUGGAGAAGGGAUAAUGCCUCACGAGGAUGGUCCCCUCUACUAUCCCACAGUCACAACCAUCAGCUUGGGGUCACACACAGUUCUGGACUUCUAUGUGCCUCCGGAAAGAGGAUGUCCUCAAGAGGAAGACCAGGUUCCUAAAACAGAAGAACAGAGACAUGUCCUGUCCCUCUUGUUGGAGCCCAGAAGUCUUUUUGUUCUUCGCGAGGACUUGUAUAAAAAUUACCUCCAUGGAAUUCUCCCUCAUACUCACGACACACUAAGCCACAAAGUGGCCAAUCUUGAAAAGUGUGUGGUACAGAGUGACGAGACACUGGCCAGAGGGACACGAGUGUCACUGACUAUCCGAUAUGUCCCCAAAGUACUGAAAACCGCACUCUUCCUGGGGAAAGGGAAAUAAGAAAAGGUGCCGGAGUCUGUGGAGAUGUUCAGCAUUAAAACUCGGUCUGCGGGGCGACAGCUGGUCCUGGAUGGUGGCUGGGCAGAAGCUUUCCUAUAUGAGCAGAGAUCAACGGAGUCCCCAGGAAAAGCAAGAGGCAGGCAUGAGACAAAGCCUGAUGGCAGUACUAUGCUCCGGUCAUAAUUAUUCCAAUUUCUCUGGAAACCAGAUUCUAAUCAGUGCGAUCUUGCGUGUGAUUAUGUACACAUAUGCAUCUGCCAAUCAAGAUAAUUCUAUGUUUGCUUUGAAUGCUGCUUGUUUCCUUAUAUGAACUUACAUCUUAGUGUGCGUCACCUUGCUGCUGCCCCCACUGGGGAGAUUCACAGUAUUUGUGAUUAAUCUGGUGACCAUUUUCCAUCUCUUCCUCUGCCAGUGCUAGAAGGUGAUCCUUACCCAUGACAUGGAGGGUCACUCAGAAGAUGGCAUGAGCAGCAUUCUGUGCUGCAGUACUCUGAGCCCAGGCUGUGUGAUGAUGCCGUUCCCAGGGGGCAGGUCCAUGACAGCCUGGACUCAGCAAGUGGAAUUAAUGACGCUGCCUGACAAAGGACAUCUAGUGGCUGAAAAGAAGUACUGCAAGGGAGAGUUGAAUAUUGGAGAGCAAAGUCGGCUUUUAAAUUUUUUUUUUCUUACCUGUGCUGGGCUUUAAAUGG